AAUGCUGCCUCAACCGCGGCCUCAGUAAAGAAAAGGAAAAGCUAGGAUGAUGGGUAGGUUUUAGACACUAAAAGUCUAACUCUCGAUUCCCCUCAACCAAAAGCGGGUGCAAAAUACCAAAGUUUACAUUUCUCCGUUUAUUUAAACCCAGUCCCGUGACUCUGACUUAUUAUUAAGACCGUCAGUGAUACUCAUUCUACUCCAUAAUUUCCUGUUAGAUGCUUUGCCUGAUCUUCGAUUUAUUAACAGGUGACUAUCGUACUGGCGAUGUGUGUGAUGACAGUAUUGUCAGCGGAGCAUGCGACUUCAUCACAGCAUUAUAUCAAACACGAUGGACAUCAUGAGGUCGUGCACAUCCACGACAAGCACCACAAACAUCAUCUCGUUGACUAUUACACUCACCCUAAAUACAAGUUCGAGUACAAGGUGGAUGACCCUCACACUGGAGACCACAAGCAGCAGCACGAGCACCGCGACGGUCACGACACUAAAAGCGACUACGCCACACAUUUAGACCACAUCGUACCUAAACACCACCACCACUAA